AUGGCCGUCGACUGGAACGACCCCGCUGUGGUCAAGUACAUCUUUUUCCUCUACCAGCAAAAUGCGGUAUUCCUCCUCGGCUUCCACGGUAUGCACAUCGUGACUCAGCUCCGCAUCGAGCGGGAGCUGCUUCUCCGCAAGCGACCCUUCCGCCUGGUCUACGUGCCCUUCCUCCUCGCCCGCUACCUCGUCCUCUCCACCCUGCUCUUCUUCGUGAUCUCCCAGAACACGACAGUUCAUGUGGACUGCGACGGUGCUUACCGGUUCUUCGCCGCAGUCGGUAGCAUCUGUGCAAUGUUCGCAAGUUGGAUCCUCUGCACCCGCCCUCUCGUGAUCUUUCACGCGCUCUCGAUGCGCCUCCCCAUCGUCGUCCUUAGCUUUCUUGGCUUCGUCCAAGCCGUGCUCGUCGUCCUGCAGGGCGUCCUGACUGUGCGCUCGCAGUGGAACGCCGCACGGCAGGCAUGCGACAUUGUCCAAUGGGACAGCAAGAUGCUUGCGACCUUCUACUCUUACUCGUUCGGCUACGACGUCGUCAUCGUAUCCUCCACUCUCUACGCAGUCCACAAAGUGCAGCAUCUCCAAGAGCGCCGCAAGUGGCACGUCGGCGAUGCGCUCUGCGUCCAGGGUAUCUGGUACAUCAUCACGACCUGCGCGGUCAACGUUCCCGUCGCGGUUCUCGCCAUUCUCGACCUCAACAUUGGCAUGGACAUUUUGCUCUCGACCCCUGCGAUGGUCAUCAGCGUCGUCGCGUCCGCGCACGCCAUGCUCUCUCUCGACGAAUACGAGCGCGCCAAUAGCCCCUCCACCGCCGGCAUGUACAUCACCACCCUCCCACUGUCGACGAUGCCGAUCGACACUGCGAUCUCGCUCGGCGAGACGGAGAAGACGGACACGCAGCGCUCCGCCGCGACGACUGCGUCGACCGCGUCCGCGGACCAAGCGCACGCAUCUGGACUCCAUAGCUCCAAUCCUGGCUGA